AAAUACCAUACAUAUUCUCAUUUCCCUCCAUCACUCUUAUCAACUUAUCCAGAAACCUAAACAAAUCUUCAUAUGGCUUCCAAUUCCAUUUAUCUAUUUUCUGCCUUGAUUGUCCUCGUCUGCCAACAAAUAAUAGGGAAUAAUGCUUUGCCCGGGGCAGCUGAAGUAUAUUGGAAUGACAAACUAGUUAACGUUCCAGUUCCAGAUGCCAUUCGCAAGCUUCUCGUGACAGAUAUGCAUGACUUCCACUUCUGGCACAUCACCGGACCUGCAAAUCCAGGAGGAGAUGGAAAUCCAAAGUAUGAACAAGCCGCUGAAGUUGUUGAAGCUGACAACAAGAAUUUGACAACCUACUUUCUUUUUGAGGACUUUCUUCCCGGCAUGAAGUUGAGGAUUCUGGGACCUCAACCCACAAACAAGGCAAAAAUCUUACCAAGACAAGUUGCCAAUUCAUACCCAUUCUCUUCCCAACACUUACCACAAAUCUUGAAGAGAUUUUUCAUUUGGCCCGAUUCAUCCCAGGUCAAAAACAUAAAAAAGGUUUUGGAAAGUUGUGAGACAAAACUAAAAAUAGAACAGAGAAAAUGUGUCACAUCCUUAGAAGAUAUGGUGGACUUUGGCCUAGCUCACACCGGAGAAAAUGUGGGAGUCUUCCAAAAUGACAUUGAAGGGCAAAGUGGGGUUGAAGAGUUUACCAUUAUUAGAACAAAAAUGAUUGGUAGGAACGUUGUGGUUUGCCAUAAAGAGGUAUAUCCUUAUGCCGUCUAUUAUUGCCACAGUUUAGAAGGGACCACGGCUUUCACCGCCUCCGUUUUGGGCCGCCGCCAGAAGCUGCAUGCUGAUAAGGUGUUGGUUGCAUGCCACUCAAAAACUGCCACGUGGAACCCAAAUCAUUUGGCUUUCCAUGUUUUGAAAAUCAAACCUGGAGAAGCUACAGUUUGUCACGUCAUUGGUAACAAUAACAUUGUGUGGGCUUCCCCAUAGUCAGUUAUUAGACACCAAAAUGAAGACUCUUAUUGUACAUUAGUUAAGUCAUACUUUUGGCCGAUAUUAUAGACAUACCGACAAGUAGGUGUGACCAAAAAUGCACAAUUAUUGUCUAACAAAAAACUAUUUAUACAUAAAUUAUAUGUAAGUUGUAUCAAUUCUAUGGUGAAUGCAUGUAUGUUAAUCAAAUCCUG